UACAUUAAUGGUUACAUUUUAUGCCAAAAUCUAUAUUUAGGUCUUCAAUACCUAUCACUUCGAGAACUAUUACUGGAGCCAAACGAAGCCCAGUAUCUGUUGGACGACGUGGCCAUCAAUUGUUGCCAAACACUGACCACAUUAAAAGUGAUCAAUUGCUCCAAACGUCCCUAUCCUAUACUACAUGUCGGAGUGUUUAUCAAUUUGAAACUUUUGGUCAUUUCUCCGCAGCAUUUGAGCGAAGAUGUGGUCGAGUUGUUGUCUGAGACCAAACUGAGAGACUUAUGGAUCGUUCAAAACAAAUAUACGGAACAGUGUUGGCCCGUAUCGGGCAAGACAUGGAGGGAGUGUCGUAACCGGAGCCCAAUGUUGCGCAUACAUCUGGUCGUCACCGGCAGAGUCGACACUCAGGUAUUAUUGUGCCAAAUGUGUGUCAAUCUUAAGACAUUAAUAAUCCGUGAACUGAUAUCGACGGCUACUCUACUGGUGAUCGUAACGACGGCCGAAAGUUUAACCCGUUUUGUGGUCCGAAAGAAUGCAAUCAUUAAAAGGUUUGAUUGGAAACGACAGACUCAAUGGUCGGACGGGUAUUACCUUUGGCUCAAAACCAAUAGCCGUUCGUAUGAGAAGACAUUUGAAGAAAUAUCAAAGAUUUUUGGCAAAAAAUGGUUACCACUGACUGACGAAGAAUUCAAACACAUCUCUCCCGACACAACGUUUUAA